AUGGACGAUUUAUCAGAUCUCCCCACUGAGGGAUCGGCGUUUGUACGUCAUUAUUCUUUUCCGUAUGAACAACUGGACUCUUUGGAUAUAAAUAUAGCUAGCACUGUUGUGGAUCCCACGAUUGGCUGUUACAAGUCUACAGCUCGAACACUCCAGUUCCCUCUCCUACCUUCCAAAAACCCGAUCGCACCCAAGCUUUCUGCUUUCGAUGAAGCUAUUUUCCAGCUGGUAUCCAACUAUGAGGAUAUGCUAUUCUGCCGUCGUUCUCCCGACAAUGUGACAGUUCGCACCAUCUAUUGUGCCCAUGCAUUAAAUCAUUCGCUGAGGUCACGAAAGUUGAUAAUGAAAAACAAUGAACGGGAAGCGAAGAUGGGCAUUUCAGACUCUUUGCGUGAUCAAGGUUUCCAUCGGGCACGUACCCUUAUUCUAGCGCCAACCAAGGAGGCCGCGCGUCGCAUUGUACAUACGUUUCUCAGACUCAUGCCUGAAGGAUCUACUGUCAGUCAUCGCCGUCGUUUCGAUCGGGAUUUUGGGCCUCAGCCUGGUGAAGCAGAUAAGGAGAAACGCAAAGGUCGCAAGCCAAGUGACUAUGAGGAGUGGUUUAGUUGUAACACAAGUGACCACUUCCGAAUAGGGAUUGCUUUUGCCAAAAAGUCUGUCAAACUUUAUUCAGCUUUUGCCGAGUCCGAUCUCAUCCUAGCAUCACCCCUGGGCUUACAAACCAUCAUAGACGAAGAAAAAGAAAAAGAAGCAGAUCUCCAGUAUAUCACUGCGUCUACUGAAUUGCUAAUUAUCGAUCAGGCGGAAAUGCUCCUGAUGCAAAACUGGGCCAAUGUACAAAAGAUUGUGUCCUUGCUCAAUCAACGACCAACUAAAGCAACCUUUGCUUCCGCAGCACGCAUUCGUCUUGGCUACCUCGCUGGGUAUGGAAGGCGUUAUCGACAGACACUGAUAUUCUCUGCUGUAUCUGCAGCGCCAAUCACUUUACUAACUGGUGACUGUGAAAAUUUCCAAGGUUUGAACUUCAUUCCUCCCCAACCUCGUUACCCCGGUUUGUACCCGUCUUACCUCCCCGAGGCAGUGCGAGUUCCUGGUACCAAGCGUAAUCCCACUAAGGUGGACAUAUUACAUCCGACUAGCAAACGAGGGAGGAUGGAUGGUGGCUUAACCUCUUGUUCUGAAGAGUUGAAGCUCAACCUUAUUGCGUUUGCUGUGUCUGGCCAGGCGUCACGUGGAGUGCAGUUAUCCACCGAAGACUCGGAUGUAGAAUCCCAUUCAGGUGAUGAAUCGUUUGGAGAAGUAAAGCGGAUAAAACUGGAUGUUUCGGUUGAAGAGCUCCGUAAAAAUCAGCUGUCCAUGGUUGAGCAAAUCCCCUCUCACGACCUAACCUACCUGGCGGAGAGAGCCGUACCGUUAGCGAGGAUGAAUGCAUUCAAAAUACGAAUCCUUCCACGUCUUCGCCGGGGUAUCGACCCACGCGUGCUAAUCUACGUCCCUGAUUUUUACGACCUCGAAGAAAUUCGCCUCAUACUCACAGCCGAAUCGCUGGAUUUCUGCUGUAUUCAUGAGUAUACUGAAGAUGCGGAGGCCGAACGAUUUCGGACACUGUUUGCAGAUGGACGUAUCCGAAUUCUUCUGAUGAGUGAGCGGUAUUAUUUCUUUCGCAGACGAAAAAUUCGCGGAGCUCAUACAUUCAUAUUUUACGGACCGCCAACAUUUCCCUGGUUCGUAAAGGAAUUACGAAAAAUUCGCGGAGCUCAUACAUUCAUAUUUUACGGACCGCCAACAUUUCCCUGGUUCGUAAAGGAAUUGUUGGAUUCAGGGCACAAAUCUGAUGGAGCUUCUUCAGAACAACCAACCGCGNGCGGUUCAUCUGAACAUACUGUACUAUCCGCCGUUUGAAGCAGCACAGGUUUCAACCAUCACAGGAAGGAUCGAUAUAUGAUUAUACAUAAGAGGAGCAAUUUGUACAUAUGUAACAAAAUUCACAUAUUGUUGGGGCUUCGUGUUCUCUUCAGUGCACUCAGUCGCUCGGAGCUUUUCCCUUUAUUGUAGACAGGUGUGGAGAUAUCGCCUGCUCAGUGAAUCUCAGUUGUGC